GGUGUACUUGAAAUCUUGCUCCAUUACGAUAGCAUGGGGACACGUGUAUUUACAGCAAACGGAAAAUCAUCGACCCUCGUGGUGACAACACCCAUGUAUACCAAGCCUGGGUACCAAAGCCUCUCUGUGUUUUGGGAUUGCAAUAAGGAAGAGGAUCGGGAGGUUGCAGCAGCACUUUCGACCUUACCUGGUUUUAACUGGGACAAACCUCUCGCUCUGUACGCUUGUGUGUCACAACUUUACGAAAAGCUGAGCCGCAUGAUCGAGAACAGAGAGCUGGGGACGGGGAAGCUGCGCCCUGGACGUGUGGAGAGAGCUCACGUCUACACUCUAACCUGCGGGACUUUAUCAACGCCCAGGCUGCCCAAGGGCUUCGAGAUCCGACGCACCGAACCGCAGUUUGCCGAGCACAUGCACACCUACUGGAAGUACCAAGACUUUGAAUCCUUAGAGGCCUACAGACAGGUAGUACGUGUCCUCCCGGGCUAUGCCGUCUACAGAACUCCUACAAACACUGACGAGGAGCCCCAGCAUUCAGGAGAAAACGCUCACCCAACCGGAGCUCCGGUUUCGUGGGUUCAGCUGAAUGGGAACAACAAAUUAAGCAAUACAUUCACCCUGCCAGAGUACAGGAGGCGAGGUCUGGCUCAGGCGGUGACCCUCGCUCUGGCUGCUCACGUGACCCGACAGAGUGGCAAGGCUUCACUCUACAUUAACGACGAUAACGAGGCUUCUGCCACCUUCCACAAGCGACUCGGCUUCACCCGCGAGUGUGCUGUAACCUGGCAGGCUUUCUCUUAAUCAAGAGCUAUGUUGUAAAGCUAAACCAACAUUUCAUUCAUGCACUUAACCAAAAGUUUACUAAGGGUGCGUUUACACCAAACGGGCCAUGGCGAGGCAAAUCAAAGCAAAAUCCUCACGCGUCAUGAUUCGCCACCUAAACUAAAAUACAAAUAAAAAGUAAAAACAAAAGCUUUGACCAUGGGUUCUCAUUUGACUGACGACUAUAAAUAGACGCGUAGCCAAUAACUACAAAUUGAAACCGCAGAUUCCGUGAAUAUUCGAAAUGUGGAAUUCUGAAGCAGUUUACUCCCUCCUGGAAAAAGUUAGAACUCCGAAAACACGAAAGAAUAGCAAGAGUUAGGGAGAUUGCGGGAUCCAAAGCGACUUUCUGCGAUACGUUUUGAUGCCGCGAUUCCACUGGACAAAGUCGAUGGUUCUUUUCGCAGUGUGAACACCACUGUUGUUUGGCUCCAAUUCACAGAAAUUUGCUGGAUUCCAUUGAAAUUUAUGGGUAGUCUAACCGUACCUUUACCACUGAAAGCGUUUACACCGGGCGAGGCGGUUUCUUUAGGGCUGAGGCAGGAAUAGAGCUGGACCUAAAUAUGCCUUAGUCACAGCAAGAGUUCUUGAUUUAGCGCAAAAACGCCCUGUAAUAUAAGAUCCCAGUGACCACAGCCACCGAGAUCGUAACGCCAUAGCUUCUCUGUAGAAAGAGAUUGCUGCUGAAGUGAAUAAAAAGGGUUAAAAAAGGGGUUUUGGUCAAUGUAAUGUGUACAAUUACCAAAACUAUAAAAAUCAUUCCUAGAUCAUUCGAUUUUGUCAUUCCAGAGCUCCACCUUUAGAAACAAAAUGUUCUUUCAAUUUAUCACGAACUUCAAUAGAUUCUGUUGUAGGCCUCGUGUUUCUUGUUGCGGUCAGACCUGAGUUUGAUGGGAAUUCAUUGCACCAUGGCAUUAUCAUUUGCAUUGUAAUUGAUAUCCUUUUAAUGUUGAAUGAAUUUAUGAAAUACGCAAACGCUUUUCUUAGAUUU